AAUAAGGACCAGGGACCACUUGAGAAGCUGUUUUUGGAGGAACACAACGCGCCAGGACACAACGCGCCAGGACACCCGAUAAACAAUGGGUAACGGAGUCACGACCGUCACCUGCGAUGCAAGCAACACAAUCAACUGCUCCCUCUCCGCUGGAUGCGCAGAGAGUUUGCUGUACGACUCAACUACCUUGGCCAUGGUCCUGGCCGUCAUGCCAACCAUUCUUACCUUCGGCCUGGUCGGGAAUGUGGCCUUCCUGUUCGUCAUGACGAGGGUUCGUUCCAUGCGAACCGUGACCAACGCCUACCUGACGAACCUCGCCGUAGCGGACAUCCUGUUCCUGGCCGUCGCGGUGGGAGACAAGCUGACCCGAUACCUUAUCACCCCGAUCCCGGCAGACCAAACCCACUUCGGAGUGGCCGGAUGCAUCAGCCUCAACCUCCUCCAGCACCUCUUCAACUGGGUCUCCAUCUUCCUCGUCACUCUUGUCACUCUGGAGAGGUACUACGGCGUGUGCCACCCUCUCAAGCACAUGGUCUUGCACACCUUCUCACGCACCUGGAAGCUGAUUGCCGGUGCCUGGAUGCUAGCGCUAGUACUGUCAGCUGUCGUGGUACCCAUUCAUUAUCGCAUUCUGCACCUUUGCAUUGUCUGGCCUGAGGAUUCGAAGUACUCUGGCUAUCCGGCUGCACUCGGCCAGUGUGCAGCCGUCCCUGGCAACGACGAUUGGGUAGGGGUGUUCUCCAACCUCUUCCAGACCAUCCCCUUCUUCUUCGCCAUGGCCAUCAACUGCUUCGCAUACACUGGGAUCAUCCGAGCGCUCAAGGGCAGGUCUGGGACCAUCAAGCUGUCUCGAGAGGCGAUCCUGAAGAACAACCGCAUGUGUAACCAGGUCUCCGUCAUGCUCAUAGCCAACGGGUUAUCUUUCUUCGGAUGCGUGGCGCCGUUCCAGUUGCUCUGUGUGGCCAGUGCUAUCAGUGAUCUGAGCGGCAACAACAUUGGCUUUGGAAGUUUCGUGCACGUUGCUCGAAUCAUGCUGUACCUCAACUCGGCAGUCAAUCCGUACAUCUACAACGUCACCAAUGCGUCCUACCGGCAGUCGUUCAGGGACGCCUUUCUGGGACGAGCGUCGAGUCGCGCGUCUGCCCAACGCAGAUAUCUGAGCGACUCCAGAGCACGGAGCGGGAAUGGGCCCUCCCAGGAUGGCAACAGCGUGCAGAUGUCAAGAGCAGAUGUAACUGGCGCCACCUAUUGAUGGGUCCUUUGCUCGGAAGUGUUGGAGUCCUUACAUGUCCUUACAAUCUCAAAUCAUCCAGUCCGAUUAAUAACCUGAGUGCCCUUAUUGUUCAUCCCCGUCACUAUAAACCUUUGUGACCGAAUGUAAUACUGUGGGGUGAAAUCACUUGUAAUAUGUGACGGGAUUGUUAUGGGCUCGAGUACAACACUGAUUGCGUGGUUGGGUUAAAAGAGAGGUUUCAUUGGCUGGCAAGCUUCAGCUACUUGAAUUAUGGUUCGCACGUAGAUUAGCAGCUAUAGAUUGUA